CUUACCUAGGAAAUGCAGCUAACACAUCAGCUGGACCUAUUUCCUGAAUAUAGAGUGACCCUUCUGUUAUUUAAAGAUGUAAAAAAUGCUGGAGACUUGAGGAAAAAGGCCAUGGAAGGUGCAAUUGAUGGCUCAUUAAUAAACCCUACAGUGAUUGUGGAUUCAUUUCAGAUACUUGGAGCAAACAAAGCAGUUCACCUCUACAAACUGAGAAGAAUGAAGACAAGAACUCUAUCUACUGAAAUUAUUUUCAAUCUUUCCCCAACUAACAAUAUUUCAGAGGCUUUGAAGAAAUUUGGUAUCUCAGCAAAUGACACUUCAAUUCUAAUUACUUAUAUUGAAGAGGGAGAAAAACAAAUAAACCAAGAAGACCUAAUAUCUCAGGUGGAAGGUCAUCAAGUUUCUCUAGAAUAUCUACCUGAAAUAACAAAUAUUACAGAAGUGAAAAAGAUAUAUAAACUAUCUUCACAAGAAGAAAAUAUUGGGACAUUAUUGGAUGGUAUCAUUUGUAGAAUGUCAACAAAAGAUGUUUUAUGAAAUGAAAAAUAUUAAUAGUUUUCAGCAUUUAUUAAAAACAUUGGUUAUUUUUUCCAAAUUUAAAAAAAAAAA